AUGACAAAAUUUCUUCGAUUCGGUCGAAAUUAUUCAGUUGCCUAUUGUCUACUGAUUGUUGGCUGUCUAUUAUUCUCAUCGGAAUUUUUCACUGUGCAUCACAGCAGCACCAGUAACCCAGAGAGUAACAAUAAUAAUAAUAAUCAUAAUAAUAUAUUAUCAGUAAAUAAACAUUCUAUGAUUAUGCCUAUUGACAGUCAGAACAAUUCCAGUGCCAUUGUCUAUUCAAAAGUUGUAAAAGUCACCAAUGCUACAAUGAAGAAUCCACCACAACCGAUCGAUAUAACAAAGCUUCAAUCUUCAUCAUCUUCUUCUUCUUCUUCAAAAGUGAAUGUGAAGGAGGGUUCACAGUCGAAUAGUAUCGAAAAAAGGAGUAUUAAUAACGACAACAACAAUAACAACGAUAAGCAGAAGAACUUCGCUAUCCCACCUCCCCUUUCUCAACCACCUAAUAAAGAACCUCAGAAGAAAGCGGAUGAAAUGGCUAAGAAUUCAUCGGAACUACCACUAACAUCGAAUGAAGCUGUUCAGGGGAGGAAUAAUGUUAAGAAGGAUAAGGAUAGCAUUAAUAAUAACAGUCAUAACGAAACUUGAAGAUUACAGUUUUAGAGAGCAGUAAAAAAUUUUUUCUAAAAAAGAUAGCUCUAAUAAUGAAAAGAAAUAGGAGAAUGUAAAUAAACCGUCAAUUGUAUGUUCAUUCACAUGUGUUUAGUGUUAUUACAUCAUGACCAGUAUUUUCUGUUUAUUCAUGUUCCUAUAUGAUGUAAUAAUAUUAUGUAUGCUUAUAUAUUUCUUCUUUUAUUUUGCUUAAU